CACAUUAAAACCUACAGAGUAUCAGUAAAAUGAGAGAGAAAAUACUAAGUCUAUAAAAUAUAUAGAAUUGGGAGAAAAAAAAUUUAUAAACUAAAAAUGAAUUUGGCUAAACAUGCAAUACGUCAUCUCAUGAUAGUUGGCACAUGGAAACCAAAAACAUUGGAUUCAAAUUUAACCUACAGAGUGUAUAGCUGUUUUAUUUUGACAAUAUUAACAUUAUUUGCAAUUUACGUCCUGAUCUAUAUAUUAAAAUUUUCGAAAAAUGUCAAUUCAUUAACGGAGAGUUUAUUAGUGUUUUUCAGUAUUUUUGGGGCAAUUGUAAAAAUGCUUCAUUUUAUGUUAAGACAAGAGGAAAUUAUUUCCGUUGACAGUAUGCUUACGGAAAAAAUUUGUCUACCUCGCGAUCAAAUUGAAGAGGAAAUAUUGAGCUCAUCAGAAAAGUUCAUCAGAAAACGAUCAAAUACACUAAUGAUUGGAUGCUACUUGUUCUCCCUGUCCCUCUGUAUGAUUCCCUUGUUCACUACGAAAAAAAUGGCACUACCAUACCCAAAUGUAUUUAUCCCCCUUUCAUUCGAAAGUUCAAGAUAUUAUCGACUUAUUUACCUGUAUCAGGUAUUUGUCUUUCUUUUAACAACAAUCAUCCUCUGCUGCUGUGAUACUUAUAUGAAUGAACUUCUGGAAAAAAUUUGUGCCGAAUUAGAUGUCUUCAAACAUCGUUUAUACAGUUCCCAGCAGAAAAUAAAUACAAAUUUCCAAUCAAAGAAUAAUCAAUAUGAAUUAGCAGUAAUAAAGGACUGGCUACAUUUUCAUAUACAUUUAAUCAAGACUGUACACAGUGUAAAUAACACAUUCAAUUUAAUAUUUAUUCUUCAAUUUUUUAUAUCCACUGCUGUCUUGGGUUUAGCAAUCUUUAAUUUGGCAAGAGUUGAAUUAUUCACACUACAUUUUUGGUACAUGUGUACUUAUUUGUUUGAUUUUAUGAUUGAAAUCUUUCAAUUUUGUUACAAUGGAGAAAGAAUAAUUGUCAAGAGUACGGAAAUUGUAAAUGCCUGCUAUAAUGUAAAUUGGAAUACUUUAAGCAAGAGUUCAAGAAUGUCAUUAUACAUUAUAAUGAUUCAAGCUUCUAAACCAAUGAAAAUAAAAAGUGGAUCUAUGGUAACAAUGUCUAUUGGUACAUUUGUUGCGAUUUUUAAAGUAUCGUAUUCAAUAUUCAACGUUUUGAGGGAAAUUCAUUAAGAUCGAUGCAAAUCUACA